AUGGCGGCUGCUGCUCUGUCCCGCUGUCCCCUCCUGGUCUUCUUCCUGCUCCUGGCCAUCCCUCGGGAGUCUGCAGCAGAGAACGACACUUCCAAGCUCACGUGCUUCUACAACUCGAGAGCCAACAUCUCCUGUGUCUGGAGCCGGGAUGGGGGCCUGCUGCCCACAACCUGCCUCGUCCAAGCCCAGCCUGAUCAGCGGCCCUGGAACAAAUCCUGUGAGCUGUUCCCAGUGGGGCCGGCAUCGUGGUCCUGCAACCUGAUCCUUGGGUCCCCCCCAUAUUCUCAGCAACUGACCUCAGCAGACACCCUCAAGAUGAGUGUGAUGUGCCUCGAAGGGGAGAGGUGGAGGAGGGUGAUCACGCAGGACUUCAAGCCCUUUGACAACCUUCGCCUGAUGGCCCCUGACUCCCUCCAAGUCACCCACAUAGGGACCCACAGAUGCAACUUAACCUGGAGCGUCCCCCAGGCCUCCCACUACCUUGAAAGAUACCUGGAGUUUGAGGCCCGGACGAGGUCCCCAGGCGGCAGCUGGGAGGAGGCCACCGUGCUGACCCUCAAGCAGAACCAGCAAUGGAUCUGCCUGGAGACGCUAUCUCCAGGCACCCCGUAUGAGUUCCAGGUGCGGGUCAGGGCCCACCGAGGCAACCUCAUGACUUGGAGCCCCUGGAGCCAGCCCCUGGCCUUCAUGACGAGGAGUGAACCAGCGCCUUCACUGGGCCAUAUCGUCGUGGGCCUCUGCGGUGCCUUUGGCUUCGUCAUGUUAGUCUACCUGCUGGCCAGCUGCCGGUACCUUGGGCCCUGGUUGAAGAAGGUUCUGAAGUGUCACAUCCCAGACCCCUCGGGGUUCUUUUCCCAGCUGAGCUCAGAGCAUGGAGGAGAUUUCCAGAAGUGGCUCUCCUCGCCCUUCCCUUCCUCCUCCUUCAGCCCCAGCGGCCCGGCACCCGAGAUCUCCCCGCUGGAGGUGCUGGACAGGGACACCAAGGCCACACAGCUGCUCCUGCUGCAGCAGGACAAAGGGCUCUCGCCCUCCCUUGAGACCAGCGGCCACUCACUGACCAGCUGCUUCACCAACCAAGGCUACUUCUUCUUCCACCUCCCGGACGCGCUGGAGAUCGAGGCCUGCCAGGUGUACUUCACCUACGACCCCUGCGCUGCGGAGCUGGAAGAGGGGGGGCCUGCAGCGCCUGAGGGGUCUCUCCUCCCACCCCUGCCGCCUCCGCCAGGGGAGGAUGAUGCCUACUGCACCUUCCCCCCCAGGGAUGACCUGCUGCUCUUCUCCCCCAAUCUGCUCGGUGGCCCAAGCCCCCCAAACACUGCCCUAGGAGGCACUGGGGCUUGUGAUGAGAGGCUGCCCCCCUCCCUGCAGGAAGGAGUCCCCAAUGACUGGGUCCCUGGGGCCCUGGGGCCUCCUACCCCUGGAGCCACUGACCUGGUGGAUUUCCAGUCACCCCUGGAGCAUGCACUGGGAGGAGCGGGAGGGGAGGUGCCUGGCCCUGGCCCUGGCCCUGGCCCUGGCCCUGGCCCUGGCCCUGGCCCUGGCCCUGGGAAGGGGGCCGCCUUCCCCUGGGCCAGCCCUCCUGGGCAAUGCCAGGUCAGGGCUCCCACCUCCUGUCUGACCCUGAACACUGACGCUUACCUGUCCCUCCAAGAGCUUCAAGAUCAGGACCCAACUCACUUGGUGUAG